AACAAAUUGCCCAAUAUUAGCCCACCUUGCUUUGCCCUAAUUGGUCACCCCCGCCACCACACUCUGAUAUCGCAAGAACAAGCCUUUAUCUCAAGUUCUCAACUAAGCUCAGCCUACAUUCUUCACGAAUUGGAAUCUCCGCAGUAAUCAUCGAGGCCGAAAACCCUAGAUUUCACGUUAUGGGUGAUCUUUCAAGCGGAAGCGACCGGAAACUACCAAAGCUCCCUAUUUCAGGCGAACGGAACAUUCUCAUCACCAGCGCCUUACCUUAUGUCAACAAUGUUCCGCAUCUUGGCAACAUAAUUGGCUGUGUUCUGAGCGCUGAUGUUUAUGCACGCUUCUGCCGGCUCCGAGGCUACAAUGUGAUUUACGUCUGCGGGACUGAUGAAUAUGGGACUGCAACUGAAACGAAGGCCAUGGAGGAGAAUUGCACACCCCAACAGAUAUGUGACAAAUACCAUGCGAUUCACAGGGACAUCUAUAAAUGGUUUAAUAUCAGCUUUGAUGAGUUUGGUCGCACCUCUACUCCACAACAGACUGAUGUUUGCCAAGCGAUCUUCAAGAAACUUUUGGAUAACAAUUGGCUUAUAGAGAAUACCAUGCAGCAGUUAUUUUGUGAAACAUGUCAAAGAUUCUUAGCUGACCGAUUUGUGGAAGGCUCUUGUCCAACAAAAGAUUGUGGCUAUGAUUCUGCACGUGGAGAUCAGUGUGAGAAGUGUGGAAAGCUUUUAAAUCCCACAGAGCUCAUUGACCCUAGAUGCAAGGUUUGCCACACAACGCCACACAUUCGUGAUACAGACCACUUGUUUCUUGACCUCCCUCAACUGAAGGACAAGUUGGAAGAGUAUAUAAACCACAUGUCAGUAGCUGGGCUUUGGAGUCAAAAUGCAAUUCAAGCAACUAAUGCAUGGCUGAGAGAAGGGUUGAAACAAAGAUGUAUUACUAGGGAUUUGAAAUGGGGUGUUCCUGUUCCACUUGAGAAAUUCAAGGAGAAGGUAUUUUAUGUUUGGUUUGAUGCACCUAUUGGAUAUGUGUCAAUCACUUCAUGCUACACUGCUGAGUGGGAGAAAUGGUGGAAAAAUCCUGAAAAUGUGGAGCUUUAUCAAUUUAUGGGAAAGGAUAAUGUUCCAUUCCACACAGUUAUGUUUCCAUCAACACUUCUUGGUACCGGUGAAAAUUGGACUUUGAUGAAAACGAUUAGUGUUACCGAGUACUUGAACUAUGAAUCAGGGAAAUUCUCAAAGAGCAAGGGAGUUGGUGUGUUUGGAAAUGAUGCAAAGGAUACAAAAAUUCCUGUGGAAGUAUGGAGAUAUUACUUACUAACAAAUCGGCCCGAGAUAUCAGACACGUUAUUUACAUGGACUGAUUUGCAAGCAAAGCUAAACAGUGAGCUGCUGAACAAUUUAGGCAAUUUCAUCAAUCGUGUCCUGAGCUUCAUUGCUAAGAAUCCAGAUUCUGAAGAAAAUAGAGGUGCAGGAUAUGGCUCCAUAAUUCCUGAUUCUCCAGAAGUGGAAUCACAUCUCUUAACUAAAACCUUUGGAGAAAAAGUUGGUGAUUUAGUAGAGCAGUAUGUGGAAGCUAUGGAGAAGGUUAAACUGAAGCAAGGUUUGAAGAUUGCCAUGAGCAUUUCUGGUGAGGGAAAUGCAUAUCUACAAGAGAGCAAAUUCUGGAAAUUGUUCAAAGAAGACAAACCUUCUUGUUCAAUAGUCAUGAGAACUUCAGCUGGAUUAGUGUACCUCCUUGCAUGUCUCUUAGAACCUUUUAUGCCUUCCUUUUCUGUAGAGGUUCUUAAGCAGCUCAAUUUGCCUCUUGAAGCACAACUAUCGCUUUCUGAUAAGAAAAAAGACGUUGAGAAGGCAAGGAAACCUUGGGAGUUCCUACCCGCUGGCCACAAAAUUGGAACACCAGAACCAUUGUUUAAGGAAUUGAAAGAUGAAGAGGUGGAGUUUUUCAGGCAAAAAUUCUCUGGAAGUCAGGCUGAUAGGAUUUUGAAAGCAGAAGCUGAUACCAAAAAGAUAAACGAUCAAUUAAAGAGGACAGGAAUUUCAGAUGGAAAUGGAAAGAAACAACGGGCAGCAAAACCUGCUGCUGAGUCCAAGUCUAAGUCAGCCCCAGCCGAAGCCGAAAUUUCAAUCAGCAGGCUUGAUAUCCGUGUUGGACUUAUUACAAAAGUUCAGAAACACCCUGAUGCUGACUCUUUAUAUGUGGAAGAGAUUGAUGUAGGUGAAGCACAACCUCGCACUGUUGUUAGUGGGCUCGUUAAGUACAUUUCUCUAGAAGAAAUGCAGAAUCGUAAGGUCUGUGUUUUGUGCAACCUCAAGCCAGCUACAAUGCGUGGUAUAAAAUCACAAGCCAUGGUUCUGGCUGCUUCAAGUGCAGAUCAGACUAAAGUUGAAUUGGUUGAGCCACCCGAAUCUGCUGCUAUUGGUGAGAGGAUCAAAUUUCUGGGUUUUGAAGGGAAGCCAGAUGAUGUUCUUAACCCAAAGAAGAAGGUCUGGGAAACAAUUCAACCUGACUUGCACACAGAUAAGGGACUUGUUGCUUGCUUCAAAGACCUCCCUUUCACUACAUCGGCUGGUGUAUGCAAAGUUUCAUCCAUAUCGGAAGGAUCCAUACGGUGAAUCAUCCGUAAAGAGGACUAGGAAACGAUAAACUUAACCCCGAGAUUUUGCUCCAUUGUUUUUCUUUCUCGAGUUGUCAAUUUUUAUUUUUUUAUUUCAAAGGACCCAAACACAUUGCAAUAGCAAUUGUCAUGUUUCAACUUUCAACAAUGAUAUUUAUUUACAAGCACAGUAUUUUGCAUUAAAGCAAGGAUUUUU